AUGACAUCCAAGUCGACCAUGAGCGAGAAGCUGGCUGAGGCAGCAUCGGUUGCGCGGCGCACUGGAACGUUCAUCGACCCUCGCUAUCGGCAGGAACAAGAACAGGUCGCCAUGGCACCCGCAUUUGCGGUUGUCACGAUCGAGCCCCGCGCGCGCAUGGGCGACACGUAUACCCAGGACUUCGUAAUCAACUACCCCGACGGCGAAGUGCUCAUCGACCGAGAAUACCAGUCAACGGAAGAUAUCGACAACCCUAAAAGAACCCCCAUAGCUCAGCCUCGGCGGGAGAAAGUGUUAGGAAUAGCUUCCGACGGCCCGCAAUUCGAAGUUGAUUGCCUUUACAUCCCUUCUCCAUACAUCUCGACGUUCCACGCCGUCAUGAAGUGGAGCGGCAAUGGUAUCGUCAUAACCCCAUUCUCGCAUAGUAACCCGGACAAGGCGGUUCCGCCUAUUUUCGUAAACGAAAAGGUCGUCUCCAAGGGAAAGCUGAGGGCCCUUCGCCCUGGAGAUGUCAUCGCCUUUCAGGAGCCUAAGAAGACCAAGGCAUUCUGCAAGUGGGAGGUCAAGAGGAUUGCCUACGGCGGCCUCCAGCCUUUGACUCGCAGCGGUAAUUUUGAGGAGGAGGAGCUCGCCAAGCUGCGUCAGAUCAGUGCCAAGUGGUCCCUCGAUAUUCGCACGGUCAUGGUCACUAUACUCGCUAUGGUUAUUCUCGGCGGAUUUAUCGGCUUCUUCAUCCCUGACGUCGGUAAAGACUUGUGGAACUCGAGGAAAUAUCCACUUGAUCUAACAGAGGGGCAAUGGCAAAGGGAGCUCAGAUGA